AUGACUAACGUAUUAUUGGACACCCAACAGACGUUAAUUUCUUCUUUCCUUGAGAUCGCCGUCGGUCAAACCGUCGGUACUGCCCGGGAAUUCCUUCAGGCAACAAACUGGAAUCUCGCGGAAGCAAUUCAACGUUUUUUCUCUGGAAACGACAAUGUAGCAGCAGAAGCAGCAUCCUUCAAUUCUUCGCCAUCAAUGGAAAAUAAUUCAACACACUGGGAAUCGGAAGACAAUGACGAUGUACGUCCGCCUUUACCCGUAAAAUGGAAAGUUCUUAAUGGUGAAAAUUCAGGACUAUAUAAUUCAGAUGAGGAGAGAGAGCAAAUAUCGUCUUCUACUUUUGCAACAUAUGAUGACAAUAAUACCCUCGCUGUUCUGUUUCGUCCGCCUUAUGAAUUGUUGUACGACGGACCAUUUGAUUAUGCGAAAGAAGCUGGAAUAGCCCGGAACAAAUGGCUGUUAGUGAAUGUGCAAUCCAGGGCUGAAUUCACCUCUGAUAUGCUAAAUCGAGAUACUUGGGCUAAUGAUAUCGUUGCUCAGAUGAUCAAAAACAAUUUCGUGUUCUGGCAAGAGGAAAGUGAUACAGAGGAAGGUCAAAAAAUGCGUUCCUGGAACGGAAUGGUUGAUCCAGAGAGGUUGCUUGAGGAUGCUAUGAAUUUUAUUGAUCGUAGUCCUUCAGAGUAUCAUGCUAAUCUAAUUAAAAAACAACGUGAAAGAAGAAGAAUUAAUCGCGAUAGAAUUGAACAAGAAGAAGAUGAUCAUGAAGAGAUUAAGGAACUUAUAUGUUAUCUUCCCUUGCCUGAAGAACCAAAAUGUGAUAGGAAUUUGAUCUGCAGAAUCGCGAUACGCCUUCCUGAUGGACGUAGAAUUCAGAGGAAUUUCAUGAAAACUGAUUCGAUUAAGUUGUUAUGGUCCUUUUGUUCUACUCAUCUAGACGAAGAAGAAACAAGGCCAUUUCAAUUCAAACGAGCAAUGCCAGGGGCAAAUAAGUUUUGGGCAACCAACUUUUGGGAUUAUGAUAGUAAUUUAACUUUUGUGGACUCAUGUCUAGACAAUUCUAUUAUUUCUGUCGUAAUGAUAUAGAUGUAGAUUUUU